CCAGAAAGCUACCUCCGAAUCAAACUUUUAUCCAAAAUUGUUAAACUAUUUUUUCUGGGUAACCGCAGGGUAUCAUGGGCAAGCGCCGGCGCCGGACGACUUCCUCCACCACAUCUUCUUCGUCUUCUUCGUCUUCAUCGACCAAUACUUCCUCUCCUUGUUCCGAUACUAUGCAACAGUUGGAUGCUCAGCUCCUUUUCGGGAUUAUGCUUGCUGCUCUUUCGAACCAUGAAUUAGGAGCCACAUCAGAAGGAACCCUAGUUAUCCAAAAAGCCCUAGACCACCUUCUUCUUUCCCUCCUCUCCAAAUCCCCCAAUUCAGUCAUGCAGUCUCAACAAACCCUACACAUUCCUUUAAUCUCCUUGCUCCCUGUUCUCCUCAAUUCCAAGUGCUCUGUGGUUGCUUGUUCUGGUUUGGAGACAGUGGGUGCAGCUUCCCUGUUCUCAAUUGAGAUGAAUGAACAAAUUGCAUCGGAUGAAGAAAUAGUUAAGGGGUUGAUUACAGCGGUGACAAGUUCUAGGAGGAGCGUAGCCAUGGCAGCUUGCAAUGCCCUUCUUGACUUGUUGACUACUUCCGUUGGGCGGUGUAAAUUACUGGAAUUCUCUGCCAUUGACAAUCUUAUUCUUUGUUUCCUUCAGGUCCCUAAAUCUUCAUCACCUCCAAUUUCCCUAAUUUCAGACAAAGUGGGGAAUAAAACUUGCUUCAAAAUAGGAUUUAUGGAAGAUGAAUACCCUAUAUUACUUCUUGAUCUUGCAAUUACUCUCAUCAAUGAUUGCACACUUGAGCAGCUAGUGAAGAUCCCAAGAGAACUCCUCAAAGAAUUUAUAAAAUAUUUGUCAAGAAUAUGGGCAAAAGUACACAAACAUACUCUAAUAGAUUCCAAUCAGGAAUCUGAAAAAUUUCUCUAUUCAAGCAGUAUUAAACCUAAUAAUUUAGCUGAAACCUUAUUCAGGCUCUCAAUGGAAGAAGGACCAUUUGCCACAUCAUCCAAGUUCCUAGAUGUUAAAAGGAGUAUCUUUCACAUGGGUCAGAUGAAUUUUGAAUCUUUUAUCAUAAACCACUGGGAAGAAUCACCUUUACUUAUAACUGAAUCCUCAAAUGCUUCAUCACCCGAUAAUAUUUUCAAUUCUUUUCUACAACUUUUCGCCUCUAAAGAUUCCAUUCCUUCAUUUCUUGCUUCUUUGCUUCAAAAUCUUGUUUCUACUCCACCAAUUAGUUCAGAUGAGCUCGAUAUAAUCACCUUUCUAAAAGAAUCAAGAGAAGAAAUCGGUUGCCCUUUAAUCUACCAACAAGAUAUUCGUGUCCUUAAAACCCUCGAUUCUAAAAUAGAAAACCAUUUUCUUCAAGGCUCUUCAAAUCUUCAAGAUAUUGCUUCUAUUUCAAAUGCAUUUAACAAUGGUUACACUUUUGCCCUUCGUGGGAUGGAGUUUCAUUUUCAAGAUUUUGCAUCUAUUUCAGAAGGGUUAGCUUUUCUUUUUGGUCAACCAUCAACAGGGGUAAAUAUGUACUUAACCCCACCAAAUUCCCAAGGGUUAGCUCGUCAUCGUGAUGACCAUUGUGUUCUCGUGUGCCAAAUUCAAGGAGUUAAAAAAUGGAAGGUUUUUCCCAAUUUGGGUACACUAUUACCUCGUUUAUAUUCACCUCUUGAUGAUUGUAUAGAGGGUGAAAAUGAAAAUGAAAAUGAAAAUGAUAUGAUGGAUGGAUGUAAAGAGUAUUUAUUGAGAGAAGGUGACAUUUUAUACAUUCCUAGAGGCUUUCCUCAUGAGGCAUGUACCAUAGUUGAUGAUGUCAAAGCAAAUGAAGAUGUGGAAUACUCCUUGCAUCUUACUCUUGCUAUUGAGAUUGAGCCUCCGUUUGAGUGGGAAGGCUUUAUUCAUGUAGCACUCCAUCAUUGGUGUCAGAGAUACAAAAUCUCCAAUCACAAAUCUUUCAAACAUUCAUCUUUGAAUCUUGAUGACGUGGCAAUGCACUUAAUGCACAUUGCAAUCAAGUCCAUUGGUGACAUUGAUCCUACAUUUCGAAAGGCUUGUUUGGUUGGUGGAAUUUCAUAUCAAUCAGUUCCCCAAAUCUGGCUAAAGACUCACCAACAGUUACUUUUCAACCAUUUGAUCAGUAAAAUUAAUGCCGAAAGUAAUUUUAAGGAUAUUGCUUCCAAUGUUCUUGGAAAACACGAAGAUAUAUUUGAAAAUUUUAAAUGGCUCGAUCAUCUUGACAAGAAAAGGCCCUCAAUUGAGAUGGAAGAUAUGUUUCAUUUACUAAUUCAUGAAAAGGAAAAAGUUGAAGCUGUUUUCAUGAUGAUAAAGUCUGAAUUCUGUAACAAGGUGGUAUUACUAUUUGAUGAUGUGGUAUGUUGUUAUAAUGAGCUAUUGGAAAAAUAUAGGAGGAUGCGAAAACAAUACAUCAAUGGAAUGUUGGCUUUGAAUUGCAGUUGCUAAUACAGGCUGUUUGUUUCAAUAUCAAGAUAUAUCAAUGUACUUUCCAAACAUUUUUUUUGUUAUGGCA